AUGUCGACUCAAAUGUUCCACCGAUGGUACGCGCUACUACCUGACAGCACAUCCACUCUCGUCUCUCUUCCAUCUCAUUUCGGAGUCGUCGCUUGCACGCCCUUGCGCCUCACCUGCAAGUUGUUGACAGGCCGUGCAAUCUGCGCGCACCGCUCUUACUUGGGCGGAAAUUCAUCACGUGCCAGCCGUCUCUCCGCAUCUCAUUUCCGCUCCGCAUUUACCUCGCGUGUCCGCUUCCCCUGUCCCCCGUCCCCGCCUCCCUCACGGCGCAAUUCGCCAGGCGCGCGCCCGCCGCGGCUGGAGGAGAUGCGCGAGGACCAGCGGCGGAAGCUGGAGAUCUUCUCCGCGCUGCUGUGGGGCUUCGAGGCGCUCUGCGACGAGAAGAAGGUGGCGGCGUCGGUGCGCGUGGUGCACGGCGCGUGCGAGGAGCAGGCGGUGACGGACGAGGCGAGGCUGCUGGGCGCCACGCGGGUCGUCGUGCACAAGGACGGCAUGGGGCGGCGCUUCUCUCCGCGCGCGCUGGAGCAGCGCCUUCCGCCCGCUUGCAUGGUGCUCUUCGUCGGCGGGGGGCGCCUGGCGCUCGCCAAGCGCGGGAAGGGCGGAGUGGGCGCGGCGGCGGGCACAGCGGAGGGCAAGAGCGCGGGGAACAGAGCAGCAGGUGAGCGCGCUGUCGGCAUGGUACUGGCAGUCUGGUGUGGGCGGCAGCGGGUGUCACUGUCUAUGGAGCUGCCUCGUGCAAGUGGGAAGGGCGGCAAUUCGGACUAG